CAACCUAACAAGCACCUGUUGUUGUCAUCUGCUAUGGCACGUGUAAACAAUGUUGCUAUUUGUUCGCGAUAUAUUGAUUAUUUAAUGCUUAAGGUUAAAUUAACAGCUCGGAAUUGUGAAAGGAUAUAUUGAUUUUGCAAUCUUAAACAAUAAAAGAACGUUGUUAAUGUAAUCAAUGCCAUAGAAAAUUAUGCAAUCUGGUUUAAGUUACACCAGCCAGACUUGGGACCUGGCGUAUCCCACGGCUUCCCUAGCAACCUCUACUUGGCUGAAUGAACCUUGACUGACACGCACAUAGCGGUUUCCACAUUCAUUAAACACAAUAGAAAGAAUAACGAGCUUUUGGGGCCAUAGCGGGGUACACUUUGUAGUUAAGCAUACGCGAGGCGUCCUUUGCAUGACAAGGCCCGAUUGGUUCUGGAGAAGCUGACACAGGAUCUGGCGAGAUACGGUGGAUCCUUCGUUGAGGAAUGGUGUACGCCAGUAACUCGUCUUGCGUGAACACUGGGGCGUGUGGUGCGAUCAGCUGAAUUAAUGAUUAGAACGUUUAUCGAAUCAUUUGAUGUGCUUAUCUGCCAUUCGCGCCUGGCGGACAGGAAUCAUAUGAAAGCAUAUUUCUAGUUAUUACCAGACCUAAUUAACCAUGGAGUCUGUGACUGCUUCAAAGAGAAGUUGUGAUCACAGUGGUAAACCAAAUAUUCGUGACACAAAAAGUGCACCAAGUGAGUCUGUUCGUGGCACUAAGGAACUGCAUGUUGUGGAAGAGGAGGAUGAGGGAUACGAGGGGGAAGACGAGUUUCGGGAGGAUGGUAUAGACACUGUUAAACCACAGAAUGAAAACGUGAAGCUGGGUGGUCAAGAAGAUCGACCUGCAACUGCUGAGAGUGGUCCAAAGUCUGUGAGAAUGCCAGGAAGUCGUGUGGAGAGUGUGUGUUCAAGGUAUGGAAGCUCAACAAAACUUGACAGCCGCCCCAGUACUGGGACUAGAGUGACAAGUGCACAAGGGGGACGUAGGACAAUCAGCCGUGCCAGUAGCCGGCGGUCAAGAAGGGGAAGUGCGACCUCCAGGAACCAGGACAGAGGUCAUAGUUCAGAGAGUGAGGAAGAUGGGGAUGGCCGGGAUAUUAACUCUGAAAUGGAGCUCCGGACAGUGGACAUCCAUGACGACAAAGCAUGGGACACAGACCUUGAAGGAGAAGAAUCCUCCACAUCAUACGACCAUACCGGUAAAACAGCGUACAUCGAGUGUUGCAAGCGGCUCGGCAUCAUCCCGGCCUCAUACUUCCUGCGACACAUGCAGGAAAAGGAACUGGUGAUGAAGCACCAUGGUCUUGGCGCCCAAGGGAUGAAGGCCAUCGCCAUGGCACUAGUGUCUAACACCACAGUCCUGAACGUCAACCUGCGAGACAACUGGCUGGGGUCGACAGGAGGCUUUGCAAUCUGUGACAUGCUCAAGGAGAACUGCUUCAUCACUGAGAUUGAUCUCUCUGACAAUCGGCUGGGGACAGUGGUUGCUGCAGCUCUCAGUCAGAUCCUUACCCAGAAUGACACGUUACGCAGGGUCACGCUAGCAGGAAAUGAAUUUGAUGACAAAGCUGCUGGAUACUUUGCAGAUGCUUUGCUGGGUGCAACAAAAAUAGAAUAUUUAAACCUUAGUCACAAUAACUUUGGUGAGAGUGCGGGCAUUGCGCUGGGGCCAGCAAUCUCCGAGAAUACUUCACUCAAAGAGCUGGACCUCAGUUGGAACCAUCUACGACGGAAAGGUGCCAUCGCCGUGGCAAUGGGAGUAAAGAACAAUGUAUUUAUGAAGAAAGUGAAUUUAUCGUGGAAUGGGUUUGGGCUGGAGGGAUCCAUUGCCCUGGCUGAUGCUGUGAAGAACAACUCAGUGCUGGAGGAGCUUGAUAUUGGAAACAACAGAAUAACCACAGAAGGUGCUGUGCUGAUUGGGAAGGGCCUCUCUCUCAAUGAAACUUUGCAGGUGUUGAAGAUGGGUCAGAAUCCAAUGCAGACAGGGGGCUGUUGGGCCAUCUGUGCAGCAAUACUGAAAAACCCCAGUUGUGUCCUCAGACACAUAGACUUUUCUGAUAUUUUAGUGAACGAGGACUUCACAGAAAUCUUCAAGCAGGUCCAGGAGCAGAUCCCAGACAUCAAGAUAUGGCAUGGAGGCAUGGAGCCGCCUCUGAAGCCUAAAGCCCGGAUCCCGCCCAUGAUGAAGCUGGCCACCUACAUCGACAAGCACGACCUUAGGCUUGUUGACUUCUUCAACAAGUUUGACAAAGACAAGAGCAUGAGUGUCACUCAUGAAGAGUUCAUUCAGGGCCUGGAGCUAGUAAAAUGGGAAACUGGUAUUAAUCUGACUGAGGAAGAAAUAGCAUCACUGAUUGAGGAACUAGACAAGGAUGGUGAUGGAGAAAUCAACUACAGUGAGAUGGUGAUAGGACACACAGACUUCAAGGAGACCCAGCGACUGAGUGUUACAUCCAUGAGACCUUUGACCUCGUAGGUCAUCACGAGAGAGCAACCUUAGGAUGUGUUAGUUCAUCAAAAUUAAUUCAUUCAUCAGCAUACAUGAAAUUAUUUUUGAAUUAAAUGACUUGUCACUAGUAUUCAUGUCACUCUUUUUCUCGAAGAAAUGAAUUUCUCUCUUUUGUCAGAGCCUAAACUAAACUGUCAUCAAUUACUGGUUUAACUGAUGCACAUCAGAAUUUGUUUUCAUUUUGUAGUUGUGCCGUAUCAUUUUCCCAUCCAAAUUAACUGGAAAAUAAUAGAAGUGUGACCAUCUUUUUUUCAAGUUUUAUCAUAUAUUUUUUUUCAAAGUCUGUAUCAGGAGGCAGGCAUCAGUGCUUGUGUUUAUUCAUUUAAAACUAUGUUUUUGUAUCUUGGUUUCAUAAAGGUAGAAUAAAUAUAAAAAAGAAGGGAAGUAACUCUUGAACUUGUCUUUACAAAAUACACUCAAAUUGCUUUUUAUUAUUUUGUGUUUUCAACAGAGUCAAAGAGGUCAUUUAAAAAUAAAUACUUGGCUUUUUUAAAAAAUCUUACUUCAACCACUGAUCCUGUGGUUGUGAGGGAAAUGAUGUCUGUAACGGAGUGACAUGUUUCGGGCACUCCGCUACUUGCAGACAGACAGUUUUCACCUCGUUGGGUCGUUGUUGUAUGCUGCUGUAGGUUUCACUACUUUCUUCACACUAUGCAUCAAAAUGUGCUAUCACUUGCAGGACUUGUAGCACAGUACAAAUCAUUGCUUGAACGUUCAUGCGCAAUAUAACUUACCUGUACUCUGUAUUACUCAAGUUCCUCUGUAUCCACUGUAGAAGAAUAGGGAAAACCUUCUUUUACAAAGUAUUUUCUGUGAAAUCAACAUGUAUAUAUAUGCCAUCAUUGAGGAAAUAUAUUAUUAGAGUUAUCUCCCUUCAGCAACAUUGCACUUACUCCAGCACACCAGCCUUUUCUGUAUUUAGAUUAUAUUCCACGCCUUUAUGUGACAUUGCAAUAUUGCUAUUGAUGUUGCACUUGUACCCACAAUGCAAUAGUGUUCCUCUUGUUUUACUGAUCAAUAUGUCUGUGUCACUGGUUGUCCAUGUUAGAAUCUGUCAUACAUAUUUUGUUCAGAUCUAUCCAAGUGUUGUCCAUCAAUGCUUUUAUUUUUAUAUGUACAAAUACUUAUAGCAUCAGGGUUGGAGAAAUACUUGUGAUAUUUUGUAGGAUUCUUCUUUUGUUUUAUGGUGUGAUUUGGUUGAAGGAGAUCACUGUGCUCACAUCCAGCUGAUGGAGGAACAAGCAGUGUUUUAUUACCAUAUCUACUGUUUAUAUCCAUCAUCUUGUGUAAUUUACACAGUGCUUAUUUCUACCAACAUCCCCAUAACCAGUUUUCGAGUAAAUCCUUUGAAGCAUGACUGAUCUGUCCCAGCUUCACACCAUGUUGUUUCUGCAAUACAUGUAUCUGUUCUGCCAGAACACCACAUUCACAAGUGAGGAUUUAUUAACACCAUUGGGAUGAAGUAUGGCACCACAUUUUGCAGAAUAAUGUUUUCAGCAGUUGUGUCAUCUCACUGCAUAAAUUAGAAGUUCCAGUGUCAGGGUGAGGAAGUACUGUGUCAGACUCAGGCUCCUGACGUGUUCGACUGUCAAAUUUCUGUGUAAAAGGUCUGUAGAAACCUAAAUCAAAUUUCUAUACGCUGGUAUUUAGUCUGAAUAAGACAUAAUUCAUUAUUAUGGUGCUGAUGUGGCCCAGAUUUGAAGAAAGUUUAUGUACUUAUUAUGUCCUUAUCAUUGAUAUUCAAGGUGUGCAAUUUGUUGAAAACAUUAUAUGUGAGAAGAAAGGCAAAUAGUACUCCUCCAGUCUCGACCCAGGUGUGACACAGAGGGCUACAAGAUGUGAUAAGCCAGCUGGACGUGCUUACGAAAUUCUACACCAGGGUGCUGUUGUAUAAAACACCCUUACCACUAUGAUGAUUGUAAGCCUAUGUUAAAGUAUUGGAGUUAUGAUCACCUUAACACACCCCUUGUACAACGGCAUUCACUGCAGUGUCAAACACUCUGAUUUCUUGGUACCCAUGUAUGUGGAAACCAUUGUAGGAUUGCUGGGUGGUGCAGACUGGGUUCCUUUGGGUCUGGAUGAGUUCAGGAUGUGAAGUUAUCUCCCCUUCAUAGGAAGAACAUGAUCACAAGGGAAGACAACUCUGAUACUGACCACAAUGUGAGAAAUUCAAGCUCUGAAUCUUGGGGCACCUUUGCCUAAUUCUUUUCUUGAUUUUCUUAUUAACAUCUCUGCAAUUGUCAAAGGGUUAUCACAGCCUAACUAGCAAAUUUAUGUCAUGUAUUGUAAUUUUAAAUUUGAUCUUGAUUUGACCACGGCACUUUGACUAUGUCCUCAAAUUAUCAGAAAGGCAGUUCAGAAAUGUUUAAAUUAAUGUGAAAAUCAUGACAGCAGUGAUAUAACUGACCUUUUUGUAGACAUUGAUCAGCCUAUUUUGUAUCAAGUGAAGUCUUGUGUCCUCAUUCUGUGAAUGGUGACUCAAUAUAUUUGGACCUGGAUGUUUAUAGCAGUCUCUACAUUUCUUACUUGGAGGCUGAACUAUCACUUCCUUAAAGUUCCUGUUGCAGUAUAUGACCUAUGACUGUGGGAGGCAAGCUACAGGGCCAGGAUGUGGAAAGUAUGUUGCCAGUGUAAGUGCUUCAUUAGUUCCAUAAAAUGUCACUUUAACCAUCAAGUUUCAUGAGAACAACAAUAAUUAUUCCAACUUCCAGAUCUCUUUCAUGUAGCUUUAUUGAGGGCCUAGCAAGGAUACUUCUAGUCUCCUUAGAGACCCAGUCACUAUGGGAGUACAACAUAGUCACCAGCUUGGGUUACAGACCCCGUCACAAUGGGAGUACAACAUAGUCACCCGCUUGGGUUACAGACCCCAUCACUAUGGGAGUACAACAUAGUCACCCGCUUGGGUUACAGACCCUGUCACUAUGGGUGUACAACAUAGUCACCCGCUUGGGUUACAGACCCUGUCACUAUGGGAGUACAACAUAGUCACCAGCUUUGGUUACAGACCCUGUCACUAUGGGAGUACAACAUAGUCACCAGCUUGGGUUACAGACCCUGUCACAAUGGGAGUACAACAUAGUCACCAGCUUGGGUUACAGACCCCGUCACAAUGGGAGUACAACAUAGUCACCCGCUUGGGUUACAGACCCCAUCACUAUGGGAGUACAACAUAGUCACCCGCUUGGGUUACAGACCCUGUCACUAUGGGUGUACAACAUAGUCACCAGCUUGGGUUACAGACCCCAUCACUAUGGGUGUACAACAUAGUCACCAGCUUGGGUUACAGACCCCGUCACUAUGGGUGUACAACAUAGUCACCCGCUUGGGUUACAGACCCUGUCACUAUGGGAGUACAACAUAGUCACCCGCUUGGGUUACAGACCCUGUCACUAUGGGAGUACAACAUAGUCACCCGCUUGGGUUACAGACCCUGUCACUAUGGGAGUACAACAUAGUCACCAGCUUGGGUUACAGACCCUGUCACUAUGGGAGUACAACAUAGUCACCAGCUUGGGUUACAGACCCCGUCACUAUGGGAGUACAACAUAGUCACCCGCUUGGGUUACAGACCCUGUCACUAUGGGAGUACAACAUAGUCACCAGCUUGGGUUACAGACCCCAUCACUAUGGGAGUACAACAUAGUCACCCGCUUGGGUUACAGACCCCAUCACUAUGGGAGUACAACAUAGUCACCAGCUUGGGUUACAGACCCCAUCACUAUGGGAGUACAACAUAGUCACCAGCUUGAGUUACAGACCCUGUCACUAUGGGUGUACAACAUAGUCACCAGCUUGGGUUACAGACCCUGUCACUAUGGGAGUACAACAUAGUCACCAGCUUGGGUUACAGACCCCAUCACUAUGGGAGUACAACAUAGUCACCAGCUUGGGUUACAGACCCUGUCACUAUGGGAGUACAACAUAGUCACCAGCUUGGGUUACAGACCCUGUCACUAUGGGAGUACAACAUAGUCACCAGCUUGGGUUACAGACCCUGUCACUAUGGGAGUACAACAUAGUCACCCGCUUGGGUUACAGACCCUGUCACUAUGGGAGUACAACAUAGUCACCAGCUUGGGUUACAGACCAAGUCACUAUGGGAGUACAACAUAGUCACCCGCUUGGGUUACAGACCCUGUCACUAUGGGAGUACAACAUAGUCACCAGCUUGGGUUACAGACCCUGUCACUAUGGGAGUACAACAUAGUCACCAGCUUGGGUUACAGACCCCAUCACUAUGGGAGUACAACAUAGUCACCAGCUUGGGUUACAGACCCUGUCACUAUGGGAGUACAACAUAGUCACCAGCUUGGGUUACAGACCCGGUCACUAUGGGAGUACAACAUAGUCACCCGCUUGGGUUACAGACCCAGUCACUAUGGGAGUACAACAUAGUCACCCGCUUGGGUUACAGACCCAGUCACUAUGGGUGUACAACAUAGUCACCAGCUUGGGUUACAGACCCCAUCACUAUGGGAGUACAACAUAGUCACCAGCUUGGGUUACAGACCCUGUCACUAUGGGAGUACAACAUAGUCACCAGCUUGGGUUACAGACCCUGUCACAAUGGGAGUACAACAUAGUCACCAGCUUGGGUUACAGACCCUGUCACAAUGGGAGUACAACAUAGUCACCAGCUUGGGUUACAGACCCAGUCACUAUGGGAGUACAACAUAGUCACCCGCUUGGGUUACAGACCCUGUCACUAUGGGUGUACAACAUAGUCACCCGCUUGGGUUACAGACCCUGUCACUAUGGGAGUACAACAUAGUCACCAGCUUGGGUUACAGACCCUGUCACAAUGGGAGUACAACAUAGUCACCAGCUUGGGUUACAGACCCUGUCACAAUGGGUGUACAACAUAGUCACCCGCUUGGGUUACAGACCCUGUCACUAUGGGAGUACAACAUAGUCACCAGCUUGGGUUACAGACCCUGUCACUAUGGGAGUACAACAUAGUCACCAGCUUGGGUUACAGACCCUGUCACAAUGGGAGUACAACAUAGUCACCAGCUUGGGUUACAGACCCUGUCACAAUGGGAGUACAACAUAGUCACCAGCUUGGGUUACAGACCCUGUCACUAUGGGAGUACAACAUAGUCACCCGCUUGGGUUACAGACCCUGUCACUAUGGGUGUACAACAUAGUCACCCGCUUGGGUUACAGACCCUGUCACUAUGGGAGUACAACAUAGUCACCAGCUUGGGUUACAGACCCGGUCACUAUGGGAGUACAACAUAGUCCCAUGUUUCACAAAUGUAAUGGUGAGGUAACCCUGUCUUUACCAAGUAUUGCAUAGAGUAGGGGCAAGGCUUCAUGUGUCUCACUUGAGUGUCUGUAGGCUGGAGUUUCCUCUCACACAGACAUUGUAAGAUCUGGCCAAGGGUCUUGCUUUCAUGGAUUUUCAUGCCAAUACCCAAAACUUUAAUAACAUGUCAAUGUUGGUUUGAUCAAACUUUCCAAGAGAUAAUGCAUUAACCCAAUAACAUGAAUAAAUUAUGAUGUUAGUUUUGUUAACGUUCCUGUUAGUUAUGAGGCUGUUUUAUUCCUUGUAUUCAAGUGAUAGAAGUUACAGGGGUCAGGAAUGACAUUUGUUCUUGUUUUUUACCACAAGGGUACCGCUGUGUAGACACUGACAAACAUUGGUCUGGUCUUAGAAUACAAUACAUUGUUGGUAAUUGAUGGUUACCUGUGUACAGUACAAAUAAUCACUGGAAGUAAUGUUAUACAUUGGCAAUAUACCAUUUUCAUGGUACCUGUUUACAUAAUACAUGGUCCAAUACUAUUUUUCUACCAGUUAUUCAACCUGUUAGAACUGAUUGUUGCUAAUUACACAUGAUCAAGUAUUUCACUAGUUUAAAGGAGACAUCUAUGAUGUGUCUAAUGGAAUGCUGUAUCAAGAUUCUUAAUAAAACAUCUUAGUGACA